AUCGGUUCUUCGUUCAUUGAUUCAUGUCAAAAGCGAAACUUCCGCUGACGGGUCUUUCUUGGCGGCCAUUCUUUUCGAUUGGUUCGAUAUAAUGACUGGUUUAACAAAUAGGGCCAUUGUAAUUGAUGGCCGAGGCCACUUGGUCGGCCGAUUGGCAUCGGUUGUUGCAAAGUAUCUGCUGCAAGGCGGCAAGGUAGCCGUUGUACGAUGUGAGGAGCUGAAUCUGUCGGGACACUUCUACAGAAACAAAGUGAAAUACUUGGCAUACCUGAGGAAGCGUUGCAAUGUGAACCCGGCCCGCGGUCCAUACCAUUUCCGCGCUCCAUCAAGGAUCUUCUACAAAGCCGUUCGUGGCAUGAUCCCACACAAAACCAAGCGUGGACAAGCAGCUCUUGCACGCCUACGAGUUUUCGAUGGUAUUCCACCACCAUACGAUAAGAGACGCCGUGUAUGUGUUCCAAUCGCUAUGCGUAUCCUCUGCCUGCGAUCUGACCGCAAAUAUUGUCAAGUUGGUCGCCUAUCAAGCGAGGUUGGCUGGCACUACCAGAACGUGGUGAAGAACUUGGAACGUAAACGUAAGGCUAAGUUGCGCGUAACAUUGGCACACAACAAGAUCAUGAAGAAGUUGACGGUACAAGCGAGGGAGAAGAUCUCAAAGGUGGCCGAACCCUUCAACAAGAUCAUUAAAUCGUAUGGAUACGAAUAAGCUAUAGUUCGUAUUUUUUGGUUACAAAUAAAAAAAGAUAAAAACA